UCUCACACACACACACUUUCUGGGAUGCAUCUAACUGCAUUUAUUGCCAGAUUCACUUCAAAGUUCAAAAGAUAUGCUGCACUUCGGAGGAAGUUCCUUGUGGACCCCAGGAUGAUGACAGGGUGCCACUGUCCUGACCCGAGCUUGGACAAUCCGCUUUCGCAAGAUCCGGGAAGUAUGUGGGGAAGAUUUUUCCAGACAACUGGUGUUUCACAAAUGAUCGACAAGGAUUUGGCUCGACUUUAUCCAGAACAUGGUGAUUUUUUCCAGAGCAGUCCAUGCCAGACGGCUUUGAGGAGAAUUUUGCUUGUUUGGUCUCUGAAGAACCCCCAACCUGGUUACUGUCAAGGCAUGCACGAGCUGCUGGCACCACUUGUGUAUGUUCUGCAUGCAGAUGCGGUGAGGUUAUGGAAGCUCCGAGGGCAGUUUGAGGAUCUCCUGGGCGACAGAUUUGAUAAGACUGUAGGGUUCGGUGAUGCAGGGGGAUAUGCCUCUGCACACACGAACCCUUGCUGGGCUUGUGGAGGGGCCUCGUGGGGAGACAAGCGAGAUAGAAUUGUGGAAGAACGCAGUGAUAGAGAUGCGGCAGAGGAGGACUGGUCGAUCAUAGAGAUGCUUGCAGAGGCAAGUGACCCCUAUGGAGCUGAAGGAGAGCUAGGCGCGGUCUUAUCUGGAAGAUUCAUUGAGCAUGAUGCAUUCCUCAUGUUCGAGUCGCUGAUGAAUGGCGAGGGCGGACGCGGCGCUGUUGCCGUCAUGGACUACUUCAUCGUUCCGCCAGCUGACAGCGGUGUGGUCCCGCCGAUUCUACAGGCGUGUGGCGGAAUCUAUCAUACUCUUGCGGCUGCGGAUCCUGUGCUGUAUAACCAUAUGAUUGCAUUGAAGGUGGAGCCUCAGCUUUUUGCGCUGCGGUGGUUGCGGCUGCUGUUUGGGAGGGAAUUUGGGCUAGAAGACUUGCUUAUCAUCUGGGAUGCAUUUUUUUCUGCGAGUAACAUUCCUCGAGCGAAGAAAGAUAGCAGUGCAGGAGGGGAAGCAAGCAAUGAUGAGGAGCUACUGGAUGGGGAGAGGGGCUGCACAUGCCUUCAUGCAUCAGAGCGAGGGGAUUUGAUCCUCUCCAUGGCAGUAUCGAUGCUGUUGUAUGUUAGACACACACUUCUUGGGGCUGCAGAUGCUGGGGGCUGCUUGCGGCGGCUGUUGGACUUCCCCAAGGUGGGCGAUAUUACAGCUCUGAUUGGCAGUGCAGAGGUACUGCAACAGAUUGCGGAGGUCGUGGCAUCAGACGGUCAGCCAUCAACGCCGUGGGUGCUGGCAGACAGUGGGACCCGGAAAAGCUGGCCGCAUAAAGCAAAGGGAAAUGGUUCUGCAGGAGCGGCUGGGGUGGGUGGAGGCGCAAAGGCAGGGGGGGGGAAGGGCUUGGUUGGGGCAGGGGGUUCACAGUCUAACGUUGCUGAAUGGUCUCGUCAGGUGGGAAUGGUGACUGGCGCUGUUCUCCGCAGGCACCGUCUUUCAAAUUCCUCUGACGUGAAUGUUCCCGAUCUGAACUCCUACUGGGAGGAGAAGUGGACCAACCUGGUGAUGCAGAGCCUUGCAGACGAACAAGAGUGGGUGGGGAGGUUAGGAUGGGAGUGGGUGGGAUGGCCAAUGGGGUUGUUGCAGGGAACGAUCGAUGUGCCUGAUGGGAGAGGGGAGGGGGAGGGGAAAGGAAAAGACCUGAUUGCUGCGCAGAUCAAGAUGCUUCUGCAGAAGGCAAUGUCGAGGAGUGGGAGGGACAGCGAGAGUGUGGGUCCGACACACAGCAGGGAAAGUGAGAGUGAAGGGGUGGGUGACGUCAGCAGCAGUGAUGAUUCCAGCUCAGAUCAGGCUCUUAAGGGUGUUACAGAUUUUGCAGGGAGGAGUAUGGAGGAAGGACUGACCUCUGCCGCAGAAAUCAGAGCUUGCAGCGAGCAGAGAAAGGAUGUGGGCUUGGGUGCAGAAGAGCAUGAAAUAGGCCGCAGGGAUGCCAGCAAAGGUAGCGUCCCGUGGUAUCGGAUGACAAAGAGCGUCAGUGAGGAUGGUAGCGGAGUAAGAGAAGCCAGCAUGGCUGAAGGCAGCGCAAGAGAAGUUGCAGUGCAACGUGAGCAGGCUGGCAGAGAACAGGAGGGGGAUGGCACUGCCAAAGCUGCCGAUGCAGAGAGUCAAUUGCUCGGCAUCCAGGGAGACACGCACAUGGACAGGAAGACAAUGGAGGGAACUGGCGACCUGAGGCAGCCCUUAAUCGGGAGUGAUGGUAAAUGGCUGGCGCGAAAUGGGAGUUUUGGGGAGAAGGUGGAUGAUGACGAAUCACAAGAUGGAAGACAGACUCUGGAGCAUGAGGCAAGUGCUGUGAGUGUAGAUACAGGAUUGGCAGCGCUGGAGACAAAGCGGGGAUGGCAUGAGAGACGCUGGAGCCUGGGUUCCGGGGUUACUGUGGGCGCGAAGGAUCCGGUUCGGCAGCCGGUGGCCCUCAAGACGUACUGGACGAUGAUGAGUACUCUCCCAGACAAGACGGGUAACCACGGGCGCAUGGACGUCGAGGGAGGCGUGAGUGGAAGACAAGGUGCGAGUCUGAGAGGUUUGUUGGUGUGUGAUGAGGCUGUGUGCAGUUCCGAAAAGAGUGUGGAUGGAGAUGUUGAUGAUUUGGGAUUUGGUCUUGAUGGUGAUGGAUCUUGUUUUUUUAGAGACAUGACUGAAAGUGAGGGAGCGAAACAUCUUCUAGAGAGAAGGGUUGGGGGGGGGGAGGGAGAUGUCAAAGACAAGUCCUCAGUCGAUGUGUGUGAAAGUGAUUGGGAGGCUCAUAGUGUGGUUGAUGCUUGUGAAGUUGUGGGGGGGAGUGUGAUAAGUUAUACAGAGCAUGUCGAUCAUGGGGUUGAGGGGAGUGGUGUGGAUUCAAAUGCUGCUAGUUGUUUAAGGCGGAGACAUGCUGGUGGAUGCAGGGACUGGAAUGUCAGAGCUAAAGGUACCGCCGGUUCUGGAGGAGAGAUCCGAGAAAUCGGGGACGGUUUCCGUGGUGGAGCUGGACCACAUGCAGGCCGGCUGAAAGCAGUUGGGGAUGCCCGACGCCACAAUAACUGUGCGAUCCAUCUUGCGUCAGCUGGGGUACAGGAUUUGGCUCCUGUUGCUGUGCGAGGGAUCAGCAAAGUUAGGAAGAAGCACAAGGGUGACCUUGGUCGGCACAGGGGCAAAGCAGGAGUGAAACGGCGUGCCAGUCAUGCUCUGGAGGUUUCCUUUGACAGUCCUAGAAGCGAUCGCAGCUGCGUUGACGGUGUUGCAGACAUGGAUAUGGAAGGGUGUGACAGAGAAGGCCGAGAAGCGGGGUGGACUGAAUUUGUGAAAUGCGGUGUCCACAGUGGCAUGGGUGGAAGCAAGGGCGUCAUUGAGAACCUCAACAGCAUAAGAGGGAAUGGAUUGCAUGAUGGCGAUGACUGCGCACUAGAGACAAAGGGGGAGCGGGUGGAGGGGUUGCACUUAGACGAGGAACUGGAUAUGGAACCUGUACUGAAGGGGUGUGAUUCGUCUCUGGAAGGCAUUGCUGGACAAGGGGACUUCAAGGCUCGGUGUAUGAUGCUCAGUCGUGGCAUGAUAGAGCCAAUACAGGUGCUGGAGGCUGCUCUUCUCGGGGGCAUGAGUGCGCGUUUGACAACGAGGGACUUGAAUCAUCGUGUCCUUUCCGAGGUGAGAGUAGCGGACUCCUCAUCCAGUGAGGAAGAUCCCAACUGUCUGUCCAGUUUGGUAAAGCCUGCUGAUCUGGAAGGCAAAGCAGUAGUGGAUGGAUGCAGAUUUCAACAGAGUGUAGCUGCCGGAGAAGGGGAAGCAGUGCCUUGUGAUAUAAAUGCCGAGAAGAUUGAGAAGAGGAAUAUCUCGAGGAUGGGAACCGAUGACCAUCGAGAACGGAGCGACCAUCGGUCUUUGGCAGCGAAGGAUAUAGCAGGUACAAGGAUGGAUCGCAAGCAACAACAGGAGGGCGAACAAGAGGCGCUUGUGAUGUGCGUCGAUGUCAUAGGGGCACUGGCACAGUUAAAGCGUAUACAGGAGGAAUUGUGUAUCAUCAGUGGAGUUUGCCCGUCAGAUGAGGUUGCUGAAGGCACUGAGCUGCAGGAGAACGUUAGAGAGGCCUCGGGAAGGGGAAGCUGUGUAUCGGAUGCUUAGCGUCAAGAAUAUGGCAUUGGGAUGAUGUUUCCAGUGGUUGUCGUCAUUCUUCCCCCAUGUUGUAUUGAGAUGCGGGAGAACGUUGUAUUGAGCUGCGAGAGAACGUCAGGGAGGCCUCGGGAAGGGGAAGCUGUGUAUCGGAUGCUUGGCGUCAAGAGUUGUCAUCCUUCCCCCAUGUUGUAUCGAUCUGCAGGAGAACGUCAGAGAGGUCUCGGGAAGGGGAAGCUGUGUAUCGGAUGCCUAGCGUGAAGAAUAUGGCCUUGGGAUGAUCUUUCCAGUGGUCGUUAUCAUCCUUCCCCCAUGGUGCCGUUUGAUCUUUGUAGUCGUGGUGACUGCUUGUUUCUAAAAAUAGCUAUCUGGAGAUCGCUCUGGGCCAUUUGAUACGAAAAAACAUAUUGCUGCAUUUAGGGGAGUGCAUGCUUUUGUAGGCGGAAGUCUCCGAAAGAAGGACCUUGUGAUUUUGUCAUAGGUGGAGGGUGAGGCUCUUAGUUGCCUCCUGUGGACAGUUUCGUCCUCUUGACACGUUUUCUGAGACUUUCUCUUGGACCUUUGUCUUGAGACCUUUCCGCAUGAGGCCCAUCCUUGAGGAUCCUCCAAUUUCUUAUAGGCGGAGGGUGAGGUCUUUUUGAGGAUCCUCCGAUUUCUUAUAAGCACAGGGUGAGGUCUUUUUGAUGCCUCUCCUUUUGGGACUUGUUGUCUUGGACCUUUGUCUUGAGACCUUUCCGCAUGAGGCCCAUCCUUGAGGAUCCUCCAAUUUCUUAUAGGCGGAGGGUGAGGUCUUUUUGAGGAUCCUCCGAUUUCUUAUAAGCACAGGGUGAGGUCUUUUUGAUGCCUCUCCUUUUGGGACUUGUUGUCUUGGACCUUUGUCUUGAGACCUUUCCGCAUGAGGCCCAUCCUUGAGGAUCCUCCAAUUUCUUAUAGGCGGAGGGUGAGGUCUUUUUGAGGAUCCUCCGAUUUCUUAUAAGCACAGGGUGAGGUCUUUUUGAUGCCUCUCCUUUUGGGACUUGUUGUCUCUCGGCAGCUUCUCAUAUGUGGAGGGUGAGGCCUUUUUAUAUGCCUCUCCUUGACCCCCUUUUGGGGACUAUUCUCUUGGACUUCAUUUCUUGAGGGCCUUUCUGCAUGCCCCCCUGCCCCUCCUUGACACUGUCAUUUUUUUGUUCUCCUCCCGAGACAAAUUCCUCCUGAGAGUCUUUGAGGUCUGCUCCAUGGACCCUGCGCUCUCUUCAGAGACCCUUUUGUCGAGAGACGGUGAGAACUCUUUUUUAUUUUGAAGGAAGAGGGCUUGGUGAUCACACCGAUCGUGGUCGAGAGACGGUGUAACGGAAUAUAGGAAGGUGACGGAGAUUGUCUUGUCGAUUGAAGAUCAAGAUGGCACUUGAAUAUCAGAGCCUGUAGCCAUUGUGUUCGAACUUAGAAGCCAAUAUUGAUGAGACGGGCGCACUCGUGAACACAGUGUCUGGGUACAGUUUGCGGGGGUCCCUGGAAGCUCUGCAUCAUAGAGUCAACAGGAGAGAGCAGGAGGCAAGCGGCGGGAGAUGUGCGGCGGAGAGUCUAGAGGAGGGAAAUAGAAAGUAGGCGUAUCAGUUAUUGAAAGAUGGGUUUCGCGAUUAGAUGGGGAAAAACGAGCGUGGUGCACUGGGUUGUGACGAUAUCUGUUUCUGACGAUGCCUUUGUAGUUGCAUGCAGGUUGCCCAUCGGCCGACCACAAAUAAUAAAAGAGUCGCUGCACAAACUGUAGGACGCAUAGAUGCGUUUCGUGUGAUAGGUCGUGGCAUGGUGAAGCGAUUGAUGAAUGAUGGCUGCAGAUGAAGUCGAAGAGGAGGAAGGUCGCUGGGCAUUGCAAAGCUAUUUCUCUGUUCGCAGGAGUGGAUGUCGACUACUAGCUGAGAUAGAUGCAAUUUGUGUGCAUGAAACCAGUCGCAGAUGAUGAGGAAGAGGAGGAUGGACCUGGAAGGCAGCUGGUCAUUGCAAAGCUAUUCUCUGCUCACAGGAGUGGAUGCCGACUGCUAGUGGAGAUCGAUGCAAUUUGUGUGCAUGCAACCACAAGGAUUAUUAUGCGUGCGCGCAAGCGUCAGUAAUUUGGUGUAAUACCGGUCAGUAGCGAAAGGUUAGGUGUUUACCCUCAUGGAUUUGUGGGAUGGCGCGACUCAUCAUUUGUAGAUGGGAUUGUGCAUUCUCCGAAGUAGUUCAUUUUUUUUUGUUUUGCUUCAAUAUUUUUCUGCCGCGCAUUUUUCACGAGAUCGUCGAAGUCUCUCUUGCAACGCGCAGAAGAGAGGGAUCAUCCUCUGGUCCCUUGUUACGAAAACAUCGUAUCCGUCUUUUCUUCUUUUCCCUCAUCGUAUCUAUUCUUGCUUGUUUUUCCUUUUUCUGGCUAUCUAAGGAGGUAAGUGGGCGAGGGGAGGCCCUGGGAGGGGGGGGGUAUGGUUUCUUCGAUGUAAGGGCUUUUUUUUCCAAUGGAUAAUCCGCCGGAGACCAACGCAUGUCUGUGUAUGAGGGUCUGGCUGUCAGCAAGUGGGGCAUGCAUGUCUUUUCUCAAAGAGAGAGAGAGAGAGAGAGAGAGAGAGAGAGAGAGAGGUGAGUCAGACGGUGGAGCAAGAGCUGCAGUGGACCUGUGCAGUGACCUGACAAACUUCAGAACUUCAGACGAUGAGCAGAACGUCUGAAGCAAUGACAAACCUCAUAAAUCUCCUGCCUGUGCCAUGUGGAGCUGUAUGUAUUAAGCAAAAUGAACAUUUGGGAGGGAA